AUGCUGAAGUCAAUAAUAAGGACAGCAGCAGUAGCAUCUAGAUCGGGCCGGUUUGCACAAGGGUUGUUUCGGUAACUUCUAAAGUGAAUCGUUGCCACUUCUCCAGUUCAGUCGUCAGAUCUCCUUCACAGCGCUAGUGAGAAGCGAGAGUCAGCCAAAGGAAAUUAUCAAUUUGGAACGGGUUCAAGUCAGAAAACUGCGGAAGCGACGGCCGGUUUCAUCGUCGGUCGUGCCGAAACCACUUCGAGAGCCGUCAGUUGUGGCGAUGGCGCUUGCAGAAUCGGUGCAACUUCAAGACGUGCUCAUGGACAGUCAUCUGAACGGAAUGUACAAUAUCACAAGCAUUGAUGAUGGUUUUAUCGAUUAUUUUUAUAAUUUCGAAGAGAAAAGGGGUUUCAGAAACGGACGAAACGCUUCAUUUCGUCAAAAAGCUCGAAUAUACUAUCAAUCCGGCGGAGCUCAGCGAAAUUUUCGUGUUUCGCGACGGCGUCAUCGUUUUCUGGAAUGUCGAUUCUAGCCAGGUGCAGGAAAAAACGAGGGAAUUGAAGAAUUUUUUCAUACUUUCAGCGUUCGCAAAUCCUUCGCGAGCUGGAGCGUUACGCGGAUGCGCCGUACGAUUCGAUGAUCGUGAUGGACGAGCAGGACCGGAUGUUCUACAAGUUCUCGGAGCAAUCUUCGGUCUCCUCGAUCCGCCAGGACCGUUUCUUCCUUUCCGGCAAACAUUUGGACGCGUUCCACGGCUCGAACGAGGCCAUUCUCGAGCGGUUCGCGUUGAGCCAGGCGUUCGCGGCGUCCGUCAAAAUCGGCGUGUGGGAAAGUCUUCUGAAUAAUCUGGCGGAGCCGUUGAGCACGACGACAAAGUCGCUGACGCAGGGCGUGAUUCCGUGGAGCCGCAAGCAGGCACUCAUGAAAUCGGGAGAGUUCGCCGCGCUUCGACACUCGAUCAACCUGGACUGCACGCUUUUGAAUAAGGACUUCUAUUGGGAACGGCCCGAAUUGGAAAAGUAUUACACGAUGGCCGGCAGGCAUUUCUCAUUGGAUCGCCGGAUAGGGUGGGUCACAUUUCCAGUGAUUUUGUGGCAAUUUUUCUGAUGUAAUCACAAUAAAGAAUGGAUGUUUUGCAGAAUGCUGAACAAGCGACUCGACUACUGCGAAGAGCUCGUCAAAAUGGUGGACAACACGAUCGCCCUGCGGCACGCCUCCACACUCGAGUGGAUGAUCAUCGUGCUCAUCGUCAUCGAGGUCAUCUUCGACGUUUUCCAUUUUGCCGACAAAUCGCCGAAAAGUGUGAUCGUCGUGGAGGCACCACCGCCCAAAAUCUGA